ACGUACAACGACUUCCAUCAUGUUUCCCCGGAUUGAAAAUACUGGUUCCUAUUUGGCGAUGCACGCUGGCAGCGUCGUUCUUGCAAUCAUCACUCAAGUAAUCUCAGAAGUCUUUUUUUACCUGGCGAAGGAAGACAAAGUGCCCAACGCUGUUUUUCAGACUUCAUCCUGGAAUGUGUCCGAGACUUUCUCCCUAGAGUUGACUAUGGACUCGUGGUCUGAGAACUUCUGGAUCUGGAUUGACCUGUGGUCUAAAUUGUGGCUUGUUUAUGCAGCUGUGAGCCUCUUCAGAAGAAAUGUACUCGGCCCCCAGUCGUGCAAUCCUGAAAUCCACCCUCCCAAAUUCUUUCUGAUGUGGGCCAUCUUAAAUAUUAUAAGAGUGUGUAGCAUGCCUAUGUGGGAUAGACACUAUAUCCUACCGGCAGUGUUGUCUAGGUGGAUUUUACCGCUUCACAGCUUCUACAUGCUUUUCCUCUCCUACUCCAACCUGAACAAGCACGAAGCCUGGCUGGCAAUCAACAACCCCGGUGUGAUUCCAUGGACACAUUAUCUGACACAGAAUGGAUUAGCUGUGUUUGCCUGGUGGUCUCUCUUUCAUUCUGUGGUGGGCUUCGGCAUAGUGCUUAAAUAUCAUGCCGGCGUGCAGGACCGAGUGGCCAGCGCCACUGUCCUUUUCAUCAUCUCCGUGUUCAUUUUUACAUGGUUCACCCUGCAGAACUUCUUCUUGAUCAAGUACAUGCGGCACACAUUCAGCAUUUAUGCCGUCCUCAUUCUGGGACUGGGUGCGAUGUUCACCAGCAGCUACCGUGUCCAGGAUUUCUCCAUAAACACCGCCGUCUGUGGAGUCCUUAUGCUUCUGACAACCAUCAUGAGCUUCAUCCAUCUGAUCUCUGCGUGUCUGGAGAAGUCCCACAAGCCUGUUGCUGCAAAACUGAGACUUGAAGGCUGUGAGACCGUGUGCAAACCGGAAGGGAACAUUAAACACAAACUAGAGAGCUGAGUUGAAUUGCAAACAAAGAGACUCAUCAUUUGACCAAUAGAUUUAUUUUCAAACUACAGGAUAAUUAAAUCCAUCGCGUGUCUGACCUCAUUCGCUGAAAUUUUUUCAAGUGUGUGGUUUACAUCAUUCACCAAAAGGUGGCAGCAAACGCUUAGAUUAAUGUUGAGAAAUUUCAACUGGAGCUGCACCAGGAGAUGGCACAAUGACGCAAGCCUUGCAUUUAAUGCUAAUGAAGGAAAACAGUUUUAAAAUGAGAAGAAUCAACAGUGGCCUACUACAGAUGUUAAUUUUAUUAACCUUUGUGGCUGGAAUUGUGCUGCAUUCUAAACUCUCAAAGUAACUGA